UUUAUAAAUAUACCUACAAUAAUACGACACUGUUGUGAAUCCCUCACAUGAUUCACCGGCCCUUUUGUUUAUUGUCUUUAUUUAUCAACAAUCAACAUGCUAAAUUCUAAGCGGGUAUUGCUCAAAUCGAUUGGUAACAAAAAACCAAUUCGCAUUUCUUAUGGGCUUGCAACAACGCCUUUUGGUGAUAUAGUUUUGGGGUUUCUAAAGGACUCGGGCGGCGAUGCAAUUUGCUACCUACACUUUGCGGAAAGUUCAUCUGGACAUAAAGGCAAAGAAAAUAAAAUUAGUAAUUAUGGAAUAGCACUUCAGGAACGUUGGCCAAAAGCAUUACUUUCAGAAGACAUAACUCACGCGCAAAACCUAGCCGAUAAAAUAUUCAAUGAUGAAGAAACUAUCCUAAAUGUGGUGAUGGAUGGCACCCCCUUUCAAGAGAGGGUAUGGGAAGAACUACUGAAAAUACCUUCCGGUCAAACAUGUACAUACGGAGACAUCGCUGAGCGCAUCGGAAAACCAAAAGCUGUGCGCGCGGUGGGUACUGCUGUAGGCAGUAAUGAAGUAUCUAUAGUUAUACCUUGUCAUCGCGUAGUGUCGAAGAAUGGUGAUAUUAAGUAUGGAGGUGGCAGAGAACGAAAAAUUCGUUUGAUAAAAUACGAAAGUGGAAAGUAGUUUUCUAUUCCAUUAAAAACAAAUCAGUAUUUUUCGUUUAAUAAAAUUCUUUGAAAAUGUUGUUGAA